AUGUGAUCAGUGAGGUCAACAUCAGCUGCGAAAGGUAAGCAGAUUGCUUUGUUAAUAAGGCAUUUUCUUGUAGAAAAAAGGUCGCUGCUGGCGAGAAAAUUAUUAUUUUUGUUUGAUGUUCCCAAGACAAGUUUUAUCACUACUUUAGGCACUGCUGUCUGCCGCCAUGCUCGCAAAACUACUACUAGUAUUAAACUUAAGGCUUCUAUUGUGGGUAACAGGGUGGUCACAACGUCCCGCUUCCCGCCCGUACCCCGUUCUCCCCCGCCUCCCGUUUUUUGUCCGUUUGUCUCCCGACUCUCGCCCUUUAUUGUGUUUUUGCCGUUAUCAUGUAAAUUUAAAAGAUCAGAAGCCCCGGUUUAGAGUUAUAGCUGUGGGGUAAUUUGCCAAAUAUGAAAAUUGUUACAGGUGAGUUUUCUUAGUUAAACUGAGUUUUCACGAACCAGGUUAUCUAGGUUUGACCAUCUCUUCUGACAUCCCUCUACAACGACAAUGGUCUCAGUCCACUGUGCAGUGUAAAAGCUAUCGCAGUUAUAAAAAAUGUGUCCAGGUUGUGCAAUGUUAAUCAUUAACUGAAUUGUCUGUAUUCAUAGCUUCACGAGUAGCAACCAUGCUACUGAUAUUCCUCUCGCAAAAUCAUAUUCAUUCAAAAGUUGAUAAAUUUGGUGAUGCCUUUGCUUGAGAGAAUUUAAGUACAUGUACUACUAUUGUCAUUUAGCGACUGUGAAAAAUGUAAAAUUACAGUGCGUUGUAUGGGAAAUCACACCUACCGUACAGUUCGUAAUCUUUUGCUGUAAUUACUUUGUUGUCUAUGAAAUCCAACCUUACAGCUGCUCCCUAUGCUGUUUAACUCCCUAUUCUAAUAGGGAGUGCUUUGGCCUUGUCCAAAAAUAAAAAAAAGGGUUGUAAAUUGAACCACUCCACGCUCUCCAGUGCGAUCAUUGAUUAGUGGCAACCCUUCAACCCAAGUUUACACCACGCAGCAAAAUCUUCAGUGUUUUGUGAUCUACAGUUGUAUGGAAUGAGCUCGUAGGAAGGUCUUCCAUGGAUGGAUUUUUCCCCACCACACCGAAAAAUACUGAGAUCGAUCAAAAUGGUCUUUGAUGACAUUUGACAUUUGACCUGAGACUCACUUUGUCAUUCUUGCGGAGAAUUUUGACAGCUGGCGAGACAGACAAGAGACACUGACACGACUGACACAGUCGACACACCUGUACAUGUGUCAUACCGUCUCAUUCAUGACCUGUUAUGUAAGCGGCUUGGAUCAAAGGUUUCCAACUUCAUCCGAAGUUACAAAUGCUGUUUUUUUUUGUUGUUGUUGCGAGUACAAAUUUUCGUGUUUGACUUUUCUCUCAUAUAAACUUUUGCUUUAAGCCUUGUAGAAGGUUAAAUGGAAGUCAAAAAACAUUGUUGGGUUUGUUUCUUUGACUGGAUGAUAAGCAGUAUCAAAUGAUGAAAGCUUGCCUCUUUGAAUUUCUCUCCUGCUUUCCGCCCUUUCUUCUACCGUCUCCCGUAACCCCUCCUGCCCCCUAUUCUCCUAGGCUCCCGCCCCCCUGUUCCCCCCCUCUACUAUAUAUCUCUUUCAGUCAAAUCGUAACCCGUGGAGUCAAAUUUAAGUGAAUCAAACAGGCAAGAGGUGAAGAAGUAAUUCCAGGGAUCACUUGUGUUAUUUGAGGAUGAAUCUGAAGUAUUAAAAACUAACUGGUUAUGUGAAACGGUUUUAAGUGCAUGAUAUUUUAUUUGAUUUUUUCACUUUUGUAGACCAGCUACCAAGAUUCUGAAGAUGUCCACCUGACAACACAAGAUUAAAAUUAUGCUCUUGAAAGUAAGUUUAUUUUCACUUUGACCGCUGUUAUUAGUGUGCAGAUGUCUGAUAUAUCUCUGAACCAGAUAAUAGUUUACGAGUGUUUGACUUACAAACCUGGAGGAACUUCACUGUUGAGACUGCCAGAUAUAAUGGCUCAGUCAAUUCCAAGCAUGCCCAUCGCCCCUGGCAUUUGUCAUUUUUUUUGGAAAAGCUGCAAAUGCCCCACGGUGGGGCUGGGCCUUCAUACAAAAACCUAUGGUGGGACUUAAAAUAGGGUGCAGAUGCCCCACCCCGGGACAACACCAGAAUUGCAUUUUCCAGUAAAUAAGCUCCAAAUACCAUAUUUAUGGGAAAUCUGGAACCGUUGAAUUGUCACAUUGAUCGUACAAUACACAAAGUUUGUGUUAUGCUUUCAAAUAAUAUCACAGAGUUUUUCUAGGCCCUUCUGCCUUAGCCUGCCAGCAGGCUCACUUGUGCGAGUUUGGGGAAAAUUUUCAGCAGCGGACCCACCAAUGAGCUGAGAGAAAGUGAGCCUGCACGCGAGCCAUUGAGUUUUGAAUACCCCACGUUCACUGACAAACGCAGCGAUCUAAUUGUUUAAAAGUGGUAAGCGUCUACGGGCAACAUAAUUAUGACAAAAACCAUGGACACACGGCUCUAACAUUCACACAUCAUAAUGAUAAAAAGCUACGGUAGGCCUGCACUACUUUCCUCAAAUGCCACUUAGUUUGCAAUGGGUAGAUUAUUAUGCGCUGGAGAAUUCUUGAUUUGGACUAAGCAAAUUCAGUAGCCUAUUAUUGUCACUUUUUGUCUCACACUGCAUCAUUCACGCAAUGCAAGGUCACGUUUAAAAGCUCGCCUGUUUCUAUUGGGCAUAAUGCUGUAGGGGGAUUCUUAAUUUUUACAGAGCAAAUGUUAUUUUUGCCGCUUGUCGAAAUGAACGUGUUCUGCUUCACGCAAUUUGAUUUCUUUGGUGUUGUUUCUGACCAGAUUUGACCUCUGAUGCAGUUUAGCACAACAUCUGCACGUGCAACUUCCUGUCAAAUUGUUUACAUUAAUUGCUGCUCCUAUUGGAUAUUAUCUUGACACCUUGAAAGGGCGUAAUUCAAAAAGAAAUAAUAGUGGUGUAACGAUUAAUCGAAUUCUCAGUUAAUUGUGAUUAUGACCGUUAAGUUCAAUUCAUGAUUCUUUACUUCCACGUUUCGAUUUUGAUUUGAUUUUUGCAUACCUUUUCCAGGGUGCUCUCAGUGAGUUAUGAUAUUGUAAAAUCAGAAUCCAGAACUCUUUAAAAUCUGCGUUUUUGAUUGAUGAGCAAAGACGAUUGCAGUUUGUGUGCCAUUUUGCAUUGCCUGGAAAAAUGCUGUCCUUUGACAACCACUUGAUAAUUUCCAAAUAAGGCAAACCAGGUGCAAAACUGAGGUUCUCAAACAUGACGCAAAUACGACCAUUAGCGGCUGUGAAUCCCCCUGUACGUUGUCCCUAAAUACUAUUCUCAAAUUGAGGGUUUUUGGACCCAUGUUGUUUAUAAUACGCAUUAUGUUAUAAGAAUUAAGAACCGUUACAAAAUCAAAUCGAAAUAAUCGAAAUCGAUUAGGCAAUAAUCAAAAUCGAAUCAAAUCGCAAGGAAUAUGAAUAUUGUUACACCCCUAAUCAAUAGCCCACCUGCAAGCUCACUUUUCCUCGCGCUGGCAAAAUAAUUUUCGCUGACUUUGCUCAUUUGUGAGGCCUUCUAGGGGACUAUUUCUGCCUCGACAAAUUCACGUGCAAAGGAAGUGUCUUUCCCUUUAAACUCUUGAAAUGAUAUAUUGAUUGUUUUCCUCCAUGUGCGAGCUGAUCAUGAUGGUGGGAGGCAAUUUCUAAGUUAAAAAACGCGGCUGCAAAAAAUACUGAGGGGUAGGGAAGUGAUAGAGCAAAAACUGUGCAUAAUUUUUUAAAGCAUAGACAUUAAAAAUAUUGUUUAUAAAGCUAUCUAAAUUGCCUAAUUUCAUACCACAUGGGGGCCUGUCAUAGCACUACUGGAUUUUCCUGGACUAAUAUUUAAAAGUCCAUCAGUUUCAAAAUUGUGGAUGGUCAGAGUAAAGAAUCCAAAGAAAGCAUGUCAUUUUCAAAGAAAUAUUGAUCAAUAUUCCCUCAGAGAGUCAGCCUAAACUUAGCAAGGAAGGCUGAUUAGUAUUUCUGCAAGGCCCUGAAGCUAAACUUAUUCCAGUUCAGCGAGAAGAAAGAGCUUGUCCUAUCAGUCCUUAAAUAUGUGAUGACUAAAGCCACUCUGCAGCUGCACUUAGCAACUGCAAUUUAUUGUUUGAUGAAAAGGUCACUCGAAUCCAAGAGAUUAUAAAUUUUCUACAGCACAGGAUCCUCUGCUUAAUUCCACCGGCAUCUGUAAAGUUACAAGAGAGGAUCAUUGGCAAGAACACAGAUGUAAUCGUGUACGUACCAAUUAUCGUAAACCUAGGCAAGUAUGCUGAAGGAAAUUAAAAGGGCAGUGCAGAAGGGCUAAAAUUAGCUGGAUUAUUCCUGUCGACAAGAGAGUAUUAUGUCCGUGAAAGCUACUGAGUGUAGUGAACUUUCUGGUGUUAUGUUAAAGCCAGUGUUUUUAAAUUCCUUGUUAGCCACUGCAGCGCUAUUUGACAUUUUACCACUGAAUAUAUACCUGUCUUGAGGAGUGUCUAAAUUACUGGAAUUACAAUUAAUGUUGGAAGGUUACAGAAUCACAUUGCCCGGCCUCACAAAGAAACUAUAUAAACAAUUUAUGAUCCUGCAAAAAAAUUGUUUUGUUUAUUAUAACAUAUUGCUCAAUGCGUGAUGUUUGGUCACAGGAAAACUAACUUGCAAUGUCCCCAACAAAAUUAACGUACGACAUUAGUAGAUAAGCUUUGUUUCUGUUGAACACUCGAUCUGUAUCAUGAUGACGUAAUGUUUUGUGAGUUAACCUGCACUUAACUCCCUAUAAUCUGAAUUAAUUUAUGUUUGAUGGCAACACAGUACAGUGGUGAUCCAUUAAUUGUACAAAUAAAACUGGCCGUGAAAAAUGAAAGGAUUGGAAAGAUUACCUUUUCCCAUUUUAUUGAAGAUCUUAUUUUUAGAAGGGAAAAGGUCAUAAUUUCAACUAAAAAAUAUAAUCAACAUGCACAGAGAGUAAUGAAGAGUAUAAUUUUUUUUGAGGUAUAAUGUGGUUUGCAGUUCUUAUAUUUUCACUUGCUGUUUCCCUUAUUGUUUUAUGUUUGGCAAUAAAUGGCAUGGGUCUCUUAACUCCUUAAUGUACUUCCUGCCUGCCUGUUUUCGUACCGAUACUCGAUUUUGUAUACAAGAUAUAAAAAUAGGGCGGGGACUCAAUCAAUGAAAUCAUAUUCAGUCUGCACUAUAAUGCUGAAUCUUUUCUUGAAUUGUCUCACUUGUUUCAUAUCUGCCCUUGCUCUGAUCUGAGUGUGUAGGUUUCAUAGGUACUCAAGCUUUAUUUGUGAUGGCUUUUGAUUUCCGGGGGUUCUUUUCACAUACCAUUUCUGCAGCCAGCUGCAUGAUCAGGAUAUGAUAGAACUGAACCAAAAGAGCUAUUGUGUGGCAACCCAAUCUAUUCUUACUGACUGGAUUAAGCUACAAUUAAUACACCUUACUGGACGAGAAAAGCCUGAUCUCUAAAAAAACUUAAGUAUACUUGCUUAUCUAUGUUCGGUGAGAACUGCUUCCAGUCUUUCGGAUUUCUAUGAAAGUCCGUACGCAGCGACAAAAAUAUAGUUAGCCAGGGUUCGAAAUUAACGGUUGUCCGGUUGUCCCGGACAACCAAAAUUACGAUGGGGCAACCAAAUUGUGCUAAGUGGUUGCCCCUUGGGCAACCCAAUCUGUCGUGGCACUAGUCCUUAAUGAGGACUUGAUAGAUUUGAAUAAAUAUAACAGCUUGUUGUCUUUGGAGAGUAAGCGAUACCUAAACUAAGUUAGUGGAAAGAAAAGGAAAAACGCGGAAGAAAUACUAAAGUAUCACGUACACUACCGUUGGAAACCGAAGUUCGUUUUUGCACAACAUUCUUAUUUGAAUGAGCCUGUUGUGCUUUAAUCAGCGGUUGGUACCAGUAAACACAGUUCAUGAUGCACUAGUGAGAUCCGCUCCGUGAUGCCGCCAUGUUUGUUUCGACGAUGGCAAUUUACCAUUCAUCUUAUUAUUAUCAUCUUAGUUAACAUGAGCCUCUGCCGCUACUUCGGCCGUGAGAAAGUGAAGGCCGUUGGCGAUAACAACAAUUUGGAAGCCACGAAGAAAGAUGAUGAUCAAAGCAAUUAAUGCUACGGGUGUCGCAAAAUCUACAGCAGAAUUAGGCGAGGCGCAAGAAAGUUCAAGAAAAAGGUGUCGUACAUUUCAAGAGUCGUGGAAGACUAGAAGACUCUGGCUGAAAUUUGACGAGAAAGAAAACGCUAUGUUUUGCAGUUAUUGCAGACAGUUUUCGAAAGAUAAAUCUGCCUUUGGGAGCGAAAAAACGACGAGACACAGGCUGGUCAAAACGUUUUAUUAAGAUACUCUUGAAUACAGUUCACUGUAUUUGUAUUUCAUUUUCUUGUUCAAAUUAAUAAAAGCCACUGUUUAGCUAUACUACCUGUAUAAGUUUCUUGGCUUGAACUGGGGCAAGAGCUUGGACAACCAAAAUAUUCUAUGGGCAACCAAACCAAGUCUUGUGGUUGCCCCAGGGGCAACUGGACAUAAAAGUAAAUUUCGAACCCUGUUAGCCUUAUGACCUUACGAUGUUGCCCUAUUCUCUUUGGCGUAUUUUGCUUUUUGGUAGUCUUUAUUUUACGGUUUGUAAUAACAGGUACACCCAAUUCCUUGUCAUUCCCAACUAUUUCAUCGGAUCCAGCGCUGUGGUAAAUAAGCUAAAAUCGACGGUUCUUAAUGUUCAAAUUUUCGUCGAACAGUUCAGGAAUCCUUCCGUGACUUCCAACUGGAGCAGUCUCCCAACUGAGAUCUUUCUUUUUUUGAAGUUUUUAAUCAAAGUUCUUUAUACUAGCUAGUAAAGUGACUGUUCUUUGCUGUAUAAUAGUAAGUUCCUGGAGUAAUCUGCAAGUGGCCGUAACUGUUUCAACUGCAUGCAAUGACCUUUGCUUUACUGCCAAGUUAUUAUAAAUUAUUUUGGAAGUCAUUUUGAAUCCAGAAUUGAAAAAGACUGGGAAAAUCCGGUAGUGCCAGGUCCCCGCACAGUAUGAAAUUAGGCAAUAGCUGGUAUAUUUUUUAAUGAAGUAUUGAAAAAGGAAUGGCGUUAACCGCUUCUAGAAGAAUUGACAAAUGCUCCACCCCCGGGCAGAGGUUUUCUGACAAAUCCCCAUCACUGAGACCUACAAGAUGACAAAUGCCCAACGAAUGCCAUCCCCCCCUCCUCAGCUAAGGGAGGGGUGGAAUUGGGGGAAAUGGGCCACUUAAUGGAAUUGGCUGAGCCAUAAGCUUAAUGAAAUUAAAGUUUCAAUUGAUAAUUUUGGCUUGAAAAUAAGGGUAUUAUCUCAUAAUUUGAUGUCAUCUUUACAAUUUUUUAUUUCAGGAUUUAUGUCAGUCAAAUAAUUAUUAAUACAUACCGUAAGUUGUACGGUGUGAAGCUAUCAAUGAAGAAGGUAAUUCAGCUGAGUUUAUUGUUCUAAGUUGAUUGCAGUAAAAAAACCUAACUCCCAUCAUUAGAAAAACAAGAUUACAGUAGAGAAACUUGUUAUUACUUACCCUCAGAGUUAACAACUUAUUGGAAACUUGCAGAGCUAUUUGAGAGGCAUGUUUGACCUCUUCGAGCACUGUGUUUACAGUGCAGCCACACAAACUGAGGUCACCCAGACAAAAUUUUGAAACAAAAAAUUUUGACAUUAGCUGAUCACAAGUCGAGAUCUAAACAAUGAAAUUGCACUUACUUGUACUCAGAGCCAGCUCAAAAUACAUUGCAAACCAUUAUUUUUUCCAAAUGAAAUAAAUGAGGAAUCAUGAUGUUUGUAUUAAUCAAGCUGUGUGCCAUUGCCAUGAAAUAAGCAGCCAUCACCUUUAGUUGGGAUUGCUCAAACUUUCUUUAUUGCUGGCCUUGAUUUCGGCCAACCCAGACGUUGUCAAAACAUUUUUAAUAGAAUUAUGCAGAAUUUCAUUGUUUAGAUCUCUACUUGUGACUGGGUAAAAUUUGUCUCAAAAUUGUUCCUAGGUUGUGGCCAGUUGGUUUGCAUGGUUACAUUGUAAUGUGUAAUAUAUGUGAACACCUUAAUCUUGUACCUGUAGGUAGACACCUUUCCUGGUCACAGUGGUAUACACUUAUAAUAGCGAGAGGUUUGACUCUACAUAAAUUAAGCUGCAACAAUAAUUUUUUCAACAAUUUAAGUUUUGUUAUUAGUUACUCAAGUUUUACAAAUGUGCUGAUCGUUAUAAAUUAAUAAUUAUCAUAUUUUACACACUUUCAUAGGGAAAUCUUUAACUGAGACUCAAUGGCGCAGCAUCAAGACCUUAAAAGAAAAGGAGGUGCUGAUCCUGAUCAUCAGAUGUCAAGAAAUCACACCCCUCCUCCUCUAAGUAUUGAAGUGCCUAAAAUGAGAGAUCUUCCAAACAUGUCAAACCCUUGGAGUGAUGUCCAGCUUCCUGUUGACAUUCUUCUGUUGACAGUGAAAGACUGCGAGUUUUUAGCUUGUUAUACUUUCCUGAAAAACUCUUUUAAAAGUUUUCACGAGACUCUGGGAUACGUGUACUUUGGGACCAUGGGUGGAAGUGGAGAAGAGGCACUAAAAGUUGCUUUAAUGAGAUGUCAUGAAGGCUGUUCUGCUCCAGGUGGCUCUCUAGUCACUGUUAUGAAUGCAGUGCGGGAACUGAGACCCAAGGCUGCUUUCUUGGUCGGCUUUUGCAUGGGAUUAAACCCACAAGCCACCAAACUAGGAGAUGUAGUGUUAUCCUCCAAACUUUUAACUGAAGAAAUCACAGCUCCGGUGAAAAGAAAUAUCGGCAACCUUAACUUGUUUGCAAGUGAAGGCUGGAAACCACCAUUACAAAAUCCAGUAGGUGAAGAAACUGAAGUACCUGAGGUACACCGUGACAGUGGCAUAUUAUGUGGCAGUCAGUUAUUCAUCACCAAACAAUGCUGUAUGUCUCAAUCUCACGUUAUUGCAGUUGAAAGGGAAGGGGAAGGUAAGAUUAUAUGCAUAUAUAUUACUAUUAUAACAAUUUGUAGCAAUUAGAUUUGAGGUCUGGAACUCUAAAUUGUCCCUCGGCAACAGCUUGUAACAUAUUAUUGUGCAGGGAACAUUAAAUUAUUAAGCCGAAAAGAUUAUCAGUUUUAGUCACUACACUUCAGAGAAAUAUUUUGAGCUAAAAAUCAGCUCUUCUAGAUUCUUGUUCACAGUGGAUUGAAUAAGGGUCAUUUUCAUAUUGUAUGAUCUGUUUUUUCUUUCCACUUACAGGACUGUUUGCUGCAGCCCAUGAUAUGAACAUCGAAUGGGUGAUUGUUAAAGGGAUAUCACAUUUUUCUGAUGAUAGCAACACUCCUGACAAGUCCUGGAAGUCAUUUGCUUCUAUCAUGGCAGCUUCUGUUGUGUCCAACAUGUUAAAUGAUACUGUUGUUUUUAAAAAAUGGCCUCACUACGAAGGUAUGUCACAUCCCAACCUUUUCUGAUUAUUACAGGGUGUCCCAAAAGUUCGCUAUAAGCUACUUUACAAGUAUGUCUUUCAGUACAAUUGGACUCGGUAAGCAUUCAUUUAAAGAAAAGUAAUGUGUCUUUCAAUCUAAUUCACUAUUCUCGUAUUUGCUGUGCCAUCUUUUGACUCGAAUAUUCCAGUUGUGUACUUCCGUGACAAAGGUGCAUGUGCAUGAGUAUAUUUUCCAGCCACAUAUUUUUGUAUUUUAUAGCCCGAUGCUCGAACUCCUUCCUGGUUUUUUGUGAAUGUCGCAAAAGCAUAUAUACUUCGAUUUACUGGCUUAUAUCUGUUGUAGAAACUACCGAAAAGUGAAAAAUGCGAUUGUUGGUUGGUAAAAUGAUCGUGGAGAAAUGAAGGUUUUGAAGGCAAGUAAUAAACAGGAAGACCAAAAGUCCUGAAUAAAUUAAAGCAGCUAAAAUAGUUUUAAAGAAGGCUAGAUACAAAAGAGGAGACUCGACGAGGAAGCUCUCAAGCAAGCCAAGUCCAGAAAGGGUCAUGAAAGGAGAAUGUUUAGAAUUUAUAGAGGCCCCUGAGAAUGGAAAAAAAAACCCUAUGCUUUAAGCCUGCCAAGUAACGCCCAGCUCUCUUCAAAUUUGUAAAGAAGUACAAAAGCCUUAUUGUUGUGAAAGGGGGCCGGGAUGAUUAUCAUUUUUGGAUGAAUGCCCAAAAUAUAUAUUUUUAGCUGCCUUGAAUUACUAAACAAAUAUUGUUUGGGGGCUGAUCUGGCUCCUGCGCACCUGGCAGGUGAUGAAAAAGCUCAAAAUGGCAACGGCUACAGAAUGUGAUAAAAAACAAAACAAAACAAAAAGGGCAUUCUAGUUACUGAAAUUCUGAAUACAUGUACUCGAUAGAGAAAUAAACAUGCUCUAGAAAAUUCAUGUAAAAAUAAAGUUUUGAUCAAAAGUUAUAGUGAAUGAAAUUAGAGGAACGAACUUUUGGGACACUCGAUCUGUAAUUUAAGUGAUCGAUGACUUUUCUGUUCAAAUAUUUUUAUUUAAACUGGUUCACAUUUUUUCUCUGCAUGUUUCAAACUCAAAUCAUACAUUAAUAUUAAAAUAACAAAGGCCAAAAGACAAAUUUGUUUUUGGGGUUUUUCAAGUUUACAAUACUUUUUUUCUUUACAGACUUGACAGCAAAGAAUCAGCCACAGACAACCAGGAAGCCAGACAAGCAGAUACCAGGUACAUGUAACUAUCCUGUCAAUGAAAUUACACUAUAUCCAGGCGUUUUUCCAGAUUAAAUGAUUGAACACUGCAGGUUUCAGUAGAAAUAACACUAAUCUUUCAAUAUAGUUGUUUGUCCCAUCUAGAGCACAGUUUUGUCUUAUUAUUGUGAGAUUUGUCUUUGUCAAGGGACCAGUCUAUUUUUGCCUGGUAUUUUAUAACCCCUUUUUCAGAAAUUUGCUGAAAAAUGCUGUUGGAAGCUCAUUUUUUUAUCCAUUUUCUGAUCGCUAUCUGGCCUAAAAGAUUGGCCAAAAUUUUUUAAAAUGCUGUAAGUCCAACACUACGCUGCCUUUUGUUCCUUAUGCUAAAAUAAAAUUAAUGUAAGUGUUGUUUUGAAAAGAGACACAACCACCUCAACUUUCUGCUGUUGCUUUCUCUCCUCCCUACUUCUAUCACUUUCCCUGCCCCAUUUUUGCCUUAUCUUGGGGAUUUACUAGGCUUCUUUUAGGUGAGACAUGUUUUUGGGAAAACAUUUAGCACCAUCAAAUUAUUUUGAAGGAAGAGCAGAUGGGAAAUGAAACUUCUUGAAAACAUUCUUGUCUUUGUUUCAGCUGUGUUUGAAAUUAUUUCAAUAAUUUAGGAACUGUCUAAGGAAAUCCACAAAAUUGAAAAUGAUGUUGUGGUAUAGUCUCAGUCUGUCUGUCCACCCACCCACCCACCCAUCUACAGCUAGCUCUGACCUGCUCACCAUAUGAGUCACCCAUAGCUCAGUGGUUAGAGCAUCCUACCAGUUUCUGGAAGGUUGUGGGUUUGAUUCCAGUUAAGAUUUUGGAUUUUUUUUUCUGAGCAUUUCAUUGUUGUACCUAAUAUUUAUUUUUGGUAAUCAUUCAUCCACGUGCUGUUUUCUCUUAUUAAUUUUUGUAAAUUGACUCUGCCCCUCCUGGUAAGGGUUGCUAAUCAAGUGAAUCAACUACUAUUAAUUAUUGAAAAAAAAACUUCUUGGGAUUGACAAACGAUCCUUGUUAACAGGUGCUGCUGCUGUAUGCCUUGAGGAGUGCCAGAAACAGCUGCGAUCACUUUACGAAACCAGUAGCAAAGUCAAAAUCAUUCCAUGGGACCAGAACUCUGCUGUUGAUAUUGACAAGAUCUACACAGACUUGUCUUGGGUCAAGGAUUGCAGGACACCCAGUGGAGUAACACAAAAGGAACUUGACCACUACACUGAGAUUUUUGGCGCUCGUCCUGCGCUAAAGCGAAUUUUGGUUUAUGGACAGCCAGGUAAGUGAGUGAAUUCAGAGUAAGAAUUGUCUUAAUUUAAUUAACAGGAGAAAAAAGUAUUCUCUGCCCUCGCCCGCCUUUAUUACUUUACAUGCUCAACCAAAACCGCCAUGCUACUUAGGCUAGGGAAAAACAAGAAAACAGGAACCCAUUGUACUAAUGUUCUACUUGUAUAAUUAAUCCAGCGAUUUAUCAGCUGGUGCAUACAUGUUGCAGGUUUCUUGAGUUUUUUUGCUGACAUUAUGUACAAUCCAAGUGGGGUAAUUUUUUACCAUGCUGUCAAACCCAAUGAAAAGUUUGAUUUGUUGCUGUUUUAAAUAAAUUAAAAGUUUAAACAAAGUUUUUCUGUUAACCAGUCUGAUAAUAAACAAUGCAUGUAUUUAAUUGACUUUAGAGCAAUCAGAACAUACAAUGUAGACUCCAGUUAAUGUUGUGAUAAUGGUAAUAAUAUAUACACCUUAUUCGAUGGUUUAGCAUAUAAUAUACGUGCAGAUAUUUUGCAAGUUGCGUAGUAUUUUUCCGUGCCCCGCAGGGGCAAGGAAAAAUACGAGCAAUGAGCAAAAUGUCCGCUCGUAUUAUAUGCUAAACCAUCGAAUAAGAGGUUUAUUAUUCCACUACAAAAAAAAAUUAUCUGGCAAUUUGCUUCUAUUUUUUGGUAAGAGUAUUCAGAGACAUCCUGAUUCUGUCUGUGAGAAUGACGUUAACAAUUAGCAAAAUGUUCGCGCGUAUUAUAUGCCAAACCAUUGAAUGAGAGGUUAAUUAUUUUACUGCAAAAGAAAAAUGGUAUUUUGGCUUCUAUUUUCUAAUGAGAGUAUCCAAAACAUCCUGAUUCUGUCAGCCACAGUUGCUCCUUUUGCAUCCACCGGUAUUCGCCCGUUGUAAACCGGUUAAACCAGAACACUACGGUGUAUAAUUUACGGCCUCGUAUUUUGCUUGUUCUCUUGACCUUAUAUGGUAAAAUGACAUAAUAGUGAAAUAAUAAUGUGACUUAAUUAAUCUGAAAUUCAAGUUUAUUAAAUGUAUGCUAAAAGGAUAAAACUCAAAAAAAAUCUUCCAAGGAUAAAAUUGUACCAUAGCCUUCACAAUAGACUAAUGGUCACUGGCAGUUUGGCCCAGUUAGUUGAAAGCUGUACCGCAAACCUGGGCUGAGUUGCUCAAAGCGUGGUUAGCUUUAACAAUUGGUUAAGCAGUAUCAAAACCAAUACGUUGUAAAGGUAUUAAACGCUGGUUAACGCUAACCAUGCUUCGAGCAACUGGGCCCUGGGGUUAAAUUUUAACCCGGGUUUCUUUUUCUUUUUAACAAAAGCAUUCUCUUGGAUAAUUUUCUCUUUUCUUUUUAGAGUAUCGAAUCAUAAAAUAUAGACAAUUAAGAGUGAAACUGAAUUUGCUUUUUAAGCUUUCACCCAGGUUUGAACAACCUGGCCCUAAUAAUAAUAAUAAUAUAAUAACAAUAUCCUGAGUACAAGGUCAAUCAGUAUAACCAGAAACUCAUAAGGGGUUGAAUCAACCUCUUCUGAGUUUCUGGUAUAACAUCAUCAUGGAUGUCCUUGGAGGCUGUUCGAAAGAGGUUGAGCAAAAUAUAAAAGAGCUUAAUUGUAGGAGGCAAUCCUGUCUAGUUCAUUACACAUUGCUAGAAAGUUCAAGAUGAAAAGUUAGAUAUCUAUAAGAAUUUUGGACACCUUUUUUAACAGAUGCUUAAUCUUGAACAUUAUCGAAAUUUUAUUGACAUACCUUAGACGUUCUCAUAGUUCAAUGGAAAAAUUAAACCGUAAAAUUCCGAAAAUAAGCCACUCCAUGUAUAAGCCCCUCCAAAUAAAAGCCGGCCCCCAAAAUUGUAAUGCAAAAAUCCCUCCGUUAAAUCGCCCCUCCGGAAAUAAGCACCCCGGGGAGCUUGUACUUGGAAUUUGCCCUCGAAUACAAAGCAAAACAAAGCAAAAAAGGUAAAUUUCCAUCCCACUACAAGCUAGCCCAAUCGAUUCUGAAAUGCAAAUUUCCCUCCGUACAUAAGCCCCUCCGAAUAUAAGCCCCUCAAAAAGGCCCUUUGAAAAAUGUAAUCCCCGGGGCUUAUUUUCAGAAUUUUAUGGUUAUGAGCGAUGGUUUUUAACUUAUGAAUAUUUUUACUUUAUAAUUAAGAUGUCCAUGAAGCUUGUAGGAUUUAUUUAUUUAUUUAUUUAUUUAUGACAUUUUUAUGAAAUCAUUUUUAGCCGGGAUUUUUUUUGGCGCAAAUUAUUGUAAUUGUUACUACAAAUUUGAGUUGAUGCUGCGCCUGGUUAUGGUUUGCCGCCCAGCCAAAGCUUUUAGUUUUUACUCUGGGCAUCCAGACGUUUGUACUGCCACAAUAAUAAUAACUUCAUUCUAGUGUCAAUGUAUUAAGCUUAACAGUUAGCUAAUUGGAGACACUUUUUUAAGUGCUGGCACUAAUCUAUUAGAUAAUUUUUAAGACUAGUCUGUGUAUGAAGGAUUCAUUUCCAUUGUCUUUUUCACGAAUAAUUUUGAAUAUGUCAAUGAGAUCAAAGCUAAGAAUUUCAAAAUGUCUCCUUUGAGGCAGGGAAACUUCUUUUCGGCAUAACUUUAGAGGCAAAUGCCACCCAUAUGUUGUUCACUCUGCAUUGGUUUAAAAAGUUUAAACAUAAUUCCGUAAAAAAUAAAAUAAAAUAAAAUAAAUUCUCCUAAAGUUUUAUGACAAUUAUAAAUUCACAUUUCAAUAUUUUAGAUUCCAGUUCACGUCACUUCACAUGAUAAAAGUAAACUGACAAAUCUGUUGAAGACGUAUUGACAGUUUGUUGUUAUUGUCACCUAGGUAUCGGCAAGACUGUUUUCACGAAGAAAGCAACUUUUGACUGGUCCCAGCAGAGAUAUUCAGAAACAUUAGGAGCAUUUGAUCUUGUCCUUCUGGUGAGAUUACGUGAUGUUAGUAAUCUCCAAGAUGUUCCUUCCAUUCUGAGGGCUUCUGAAGUGCUGGAUAGUAAUGGUGCAAUUUCCGUACACAAGCUGUAUGAUUACAUUUGUCUCCAUCAGGAAAAAGUCUUGCUUAUCUUGGACGGCUACGAUGAAUAUGUUAACAGUUCAGAAAACGAGUCGCCUGUUUUCAAAAUCUGGAAAAAAAGCCAAUUAAGAGGUUGUUGUGUUGUAAUCACUUCAAGGGAAAUGAAAGCUGAGACGUUGACAAAGUUUAGUGAUGCUCAAUUCAAAAUUGACGGCUUUAAUUAUCAGCGCCAAGAAGAGUUCGCCCGUAGAUUUUUGAAAGAUGAUAAAGAUAUUGAAGAUUUUUUUAUGUACUUAUUGCAGCACAACGUAAGUGGACUAGCACAAAUUCCCCUUCUUCUCGUAAUGCUGUGCUUGCUCUGGACGGAAACAGCACGUGAAGAACUACCAAAGGAACGCGCAGACAUCUUCGCCCAGUUCAUGACGACCAUGUUUGAUCACAUGUGUGAAAGACAGUCUGUUGAAGAAUCGGUUUCUGCCAAAGAUUACUCCGAUGAAUUAUACGCAUUAGGACGCUUGGCCUUUGAAGCCCUUUUGCAAGGCCAGCUUUAUUUCCCUGUUAGUCAGUUACCUGCUGGCUACAGUUUGAUCGAGAGGCUGAUUGAAGUCGGCCUUUUUCAGGUUUUAAAUAUGGCGAGUUUGAAUCGUGAACAAGGCUUGUACUUUAUUCACAAAUCCGUUCAAGAAUACUUGGCUGGGAAUUUCCUGAAAGAAGAGCUGACAUCUGAAAAGGCUGAAAGCACAAAUUCCCUUUUAAAGUUGGACUCAGUUGAAAAGAUCCAAGAGAUGAUUGAGGUUUUAAAAUUUGCUGUUCAGUUGUCAGAAGAAGCCGCGCGCGACAUUCUGAUUCAACUUGGAAUGGCGGCGAAGAAAGAAGAUCUGACAGAGUUUCGCUUCGACAACGAAACACCGUCAGAGAAUGACUUGUCAGAAGAACAAACACAUUUUAUUAAUCUUUGUAAUCAGUUAUUUUUCUACUGCUCAGCUGAGACAAGAAAAAAACUCUUUCCUACAUUUCUUUCCUCUUUAGGAGGAGUUUUUGUAAUUAAUGAAGAGCAGCUAAAUGUUAUCGUAGAGGAAAAAUUAGUUCAAACUACCGAAAAAACACCCAACUACGUUUUUUUUAAUUAUAACGAGUAUACAGAGCAGGACUAUAGUAAUUUUAUAAUUUUAUUACAACAAUUAAACGCAGUUAUUGUUAGCUCUGCAGGAGAAAAGAAAACAUCAGAAAUUUUAAGGAACUCAACAUGGCGUGAGAUUACUGAAUUUUUUUUAAAGAAAGAAGAAAACAACACUCACCUUUAUUUAGCUAAAAUUGUUACACUUAACAGUGAAAUUAGAGGCAUUCCUUUUCCUUGUGAUAUAAUAAAGGCGCUUAUUAGUAAACAAGAGACAACAAAGAAGACAAACAUGAAUGGUGAUGAGUCAAGUGAAGAGAGCAGCAGCAGCUGUUGUUCAAAGCGUCAUGGUCUCUCCAGGGUUCGGAGGAUUGAAGCUUGGAAUGUGAACAGGUCAGAAGUGGAACUGAUGAGUCAGAUGAUGCUGUUUAUGCCCGCUCCACACAAGAUAUGCGUUCAGGGUAAACCCGGUGAAGUGUUCGAUGCUGAGGUAGCAGAGUCUCUGCUGAGGAGCAUCCAAGUAACACACAAACUGAAGAUACUAACACUCGAGCAUAUCAAUGUAACAUCAUCACCUGCUGUGGAGUUGUUCAUCAACAAUGUAUUUAAAAAAGCACCAAACUUGGAGGGGCUCAACAUGUCAUUCAAUCCUCUUCCGGGUGCAGGAGUAGACAGUUUGAUUAAACAUCUCAGCUGCGCUCCUCACCUGAAGGAACUGGUGCUUUACAGAGUGAAGAUGACUCCACAGCAGGUGAUGGAUCUGACAUCAGCCAUCAAGCAGCACAGCAACAUCACUUCACUGUGGUCAGACUACCACGUAAGUUUUCCAAUUUUA